CAUUUUAAGGGUGUUGUAGUGAAACACCAGCCCUUGCUGGUAGAAAUCGAACGACAAAUGUGUACACAUUUUGUAUAUUUAUUAAAUUGUGAACCAUGACUGGAUAAGUUGGUAGAUAAAUAUGAUUAAUUAAUAUUGUACAGUGGACUACUACAAGAUAAAACAGGCAUAAUGGGAGCCACAGACUCUCGACCAAACAUGAGGAUUGUACUUCUUGGGAAAACAGGAGAUGGGAAAAGCAGUGCUGGGAAUACCAUUCUUAAACAGAAACUAUUCAUGAGUAAAGCUUCACCUGAAUCUGUGACAUAUGAAUGUAUAAGUGGAGACCGUAAUGUUUAUGGGAAAAAGAUCACAGUUAUUGACACACCUGGACUUAUGGACACAAGUACUGAUGAGGAGACUAUCAAAAAGGAGAUUAUUAGAUCUGUAAUUGAAUGCGCUCCAGGUCCUGAUGUCUUUACCAUUGUUUUAAAGGUUGGAAGGUACACAGGACAUGAAAUGGAGAUUGUGGAUAAAAUUUUAGAAUAUUGUGGAGAGGAUACAUUUAAACAUUCAGUGAUUUUAUUCACUCACGGUGAACAACUUGAGGGUCAAACUAUAGAGGAAUUUGUGAAGAGGAGUUCAAAAUUACAGGAGCUUGUUGAUAAAUGUGGAGGUCGCUGCCACGUCAUUGACAGUAAAUACUGGAACAAACGCUAUAUGGGAUACAAGAGCAACAAGGUCCAGGUGAAAAAUCUUCUGUUAACCGUAGAGCAGAAGUUAAAAGACAAUAAGAGCAGCUGCUACACCAAUGAGCUAUUUCAAAUGGUAGAGGAAGAAAUUCAAGAGGAGAUAAAGAACAUCAAAGAGGAAAACAUGUCUCCAGAAGAGAAACGAGAAGUAGCAAAAAAGAUGGUUAACAAAAAACUUCUCAUUAAACUUGCAGGAGUAACAACGGGGACACUGACUGGUGCAUUCCUUGGCAUUGGUGUUGCAGUAGCAUCCGUUGUGGCUUUACUUAAAGCAGCCAGCAUUACAGGAGCAGCAGCAGUUGCUGGAGCCACAGGAGCAGCAGCAGCUGCUGGAGCCACAGGUGUAGCAGCAGGAACAGCAGUGGCAGAGGCAGGUCUCAUCACAGGAGCUGGUAUUGGAGCAGCAGGUGUCACAGGAGCUGGUAUUGGAGCAGCAGGUUCAGGAAUUGCUGCAGGUAUUGCAGGGGUUGGAGCAGCAAGCUCAGGAGUUGCUGCAGGUGUUAUUCUGGGAGCUGCAGCUUUUGCAGGAGCAAUUGGAGGAGGAGUCACUGGAUAUAAAGCAGCUGAAGACGUUGAUUCCGUUUCAGAUGCAAUAAAGAAUGCUGCAAAACUUAACUAUGAGAACGCAAAAGGCGUUGUCAAAAAGGCAGAGAAACACAAAUUCAAACUUUUUAAAAAGGAGUAAAACAAAUUGUAUUAUAUGUUCAUAUGAAGAGUUUGGUUCCAAAACGCAAUAAAUCCAUUUUGACUUAUUUCUGUAAAACGUGUUUUCUAUACCAAGAAAGUGACAAGAUGAAAACCACUAUUUUCUGAUACAAACUUUCACAUAGCAUCUUUAGGUUAUAAAAAAACAUAAAAAAUUCAAACUUGAUUUUCAAAGAUUUAUUAUAAAAACGAAUUAUUGUUUCCACAAAAUGCAAUAAAUCCAUGACAAGUUUUUUUUUCCAAAAUGCUAUAAAUCUUUUAAAUCAAAAUAUAAAUUUGCAUUCAUCUUUACUAUAGUAUAUUAAUUUAGUUGAACAGUGGUAUACAACAAUAAUAAAAAAACAUUAAUGGCAUUAACCAAAACACUUACUUUGUCAUAUUAAGAACACUGUCAUUGUUUUUCAUAAGAUCCCCUGGGGAAUGUGUUAGCAUGAGAGAAGCUUGAUGCUGUCGGGAGAACAAGCAACCGGCUCCCGAAUGCCUCUCGCGUAAAUUAUUAGAUGUUGAUGACUUACGUUUCUUUCCCAUCACAGAAAACCUCCACAGGUUUAUCAAUGCCAUCAAAGUAUUAUUUUGUUUUUGUUUGUUUGUUGAUCACGAAGUACAAAGUAGAUGAGGAAAACUAGGAUUCUGUGUACUCAUUUUGCCACCAUUGUUUGUUUACAAUGCGUGAAUUGUAAUUUGUGGAGCGGAUUUAUUGCAUUCUGCGGAAAUAAAGGAGUGGUGUUUAUUGCGUUUAGGGAAAAAGGGAGAAAAGAAGACAGAAUAACAUGGCGGAUAUUGUAUUUUUUAUACUGACCUAAUAUAAUUCUGAUUUGGGCAGUAACAAUUUUUUUUUAAAUGGCGUUUAUCGCGUUUUGGAACCUCUUCAAAUAUAAUAAAAUAUAAUCACUGUAUGUUCAUUGUAUAGUCACACUAUAUAAUUUAUAUUUAAGUAUAUUUUUGGUUGUCAGAAUUAAAUGUCUUUCACUUGUUCAGUUUGUGUAUUUCAAGAUUAAUUAUUUUCACAAAGAUAAAUAAACUUAUCUAUGAUUAUUUAGGAUGAAAACAGUUUUUUUCUAGCUUAAGUUUAAACAUACACUUCUAUACAAACUUCCCCUGUAUAAGCUCCAUAUAUAUUUACACAUCCGACUUUGUAUUCAGUUCACUGCUUUGCUUUUAACAUAGACUGACAUGGUGGUUAACUUUUUCCAGCAAACAGCCCAAUAUUUAAAUGAGCAUUAGGGAUAGCUUUAGUGUGCAACUAGCAGAUGCUACAGAUAUUUGUGGUAUGUUGUUUGCAACUACCCUUAAAAAUAUGUAAGUGUUUAACUAUGGGACAAGUGCAGCAAACUGGAUAUAACAGCAGUACUGAAAUCUUAAAGGGCCAUUUCAUCAAUAGGAACAUUAAUCUUUGUUGAAAGUGGGUCAUAUUUGUAGUCGAAAUGUAACAUAAAUUUAGAAUUUUGUGCCUAUUUGACCAAGAAAAGACAGAACCUGACUUUAGAGCACAUUUGUAUGAAAAACUACAACUCCCACUAUGCACCACAAUGCACAGCUCUGCAAGCCACUCCCAUUAAUCGGAAAACGGCUCAGAUAUGCUAUUGUGUACAUAAAUGCCAUGUUAGAAAAAACAAAGAAAAUAGCCAUCACUGUGUCUGACAGACACCAAUCAUGAUUUACUUUUAAACGUGAUGUUACUUUGUGUUACACACAAUAACACUCUGGCCUGGUGUGUAGCAAAGUCUUAUUCAAACAGUAACGUGCGGUUUCAGAUCCGCAGUACGAAUGUCUUUCCAAGUACUUAUAAAAGGGUAUGCAUAUUAAAUGUUUAUUUAGUUUUACCAAUUUUCUUUUUGUCUCUUCUUUACUGUAAUUACAUCUGUGUAAUAUCAGCCUCAUUGCUUUCACAUAGACAUAUAAAACACCGCUCAGAUAUCCUAUUGUGUACAUAAACGCCACCUACGUAUAACAAAGAAAAUAGAAACACUCACUUUAGUCAGAUGUCCGUUUAUCUCUGCGUCCUCCACACAAACGCGUCCCCUGCACAAUAUCUCCACAGACGCGCUGCCUCAGCUCUUGGAGUCGUAAGCCGAAACACGUCUUUGAAAUAAGCACGCCCAAAGUGCCCCAAAACGGUCACAAAACAAAUGUUUAUAUCCUUAUCUGAUGGAGAGAUGUUAAACCGAAAGCACACAGCGAGAGUCCGUCCAAGCUCAUAUACUCCGCAGCGCGUUUGUUCGUAAGCCGAAACACGUCUGUGAAAUAAACAUGUCCAAACGCGCGCAAAUUUGCUCUCUUGCCUGGAAACAAACGUCCAUAUUCUUAUCUAAUGCAGAAAUUUAUAAAGAAGCCACACAGCAAGAGUAGAGGCACUAUCAGUCCGGGCUUCUCUACGCAGCAGAGGCCGAUGGUUGCGGCAUCUUCCCCAGGCUCCGGCUUCUCCUCUGGCUUCUGUUCCUCCAUCUGCCUGAGCUCUUUGCUGUAUAGUGGCUCAUAAAGGUGCAAUGAACAGCGGAUUAGAGCAUCACGCUUGCGAAAUCACCCUCUUCUAUAUCAUAUUGAUUAACUUCCGCUGUUAUUGUAACACGAAGUCUGGCUUGCUCCACAACGUCUGUUUAGCUUAGCUUAGCAUAAAGAUGGCGGCUGAUCGUUUUUUUCCCGUCUGUUUUCAUAUAUUUUCGUAAGUCCCACCCACUGAUCUGUAAUAGGUCUUUAGCGUGUGUGGGUCCCACCCAUAGCCCCCACCUUGGAAAAAUGAGGAACGGGUGUCUGUAGUCUUUCACCCUCGACAAAGAUACAGGACUUCCUUCUUUCAAUGACGCAAAAUGACGUUUUUACAUCAUUGAAAGAAGGAAGUGCCUCACUGAAAUGAGUAUUUCUCCCGUCUCAGGAGAAACUGAUGGAAUGAUCCACGACCAUUCAAAAACAUGACUGGGGUUCUAACGAUACAAAGCUUAAUGCAAAUGGGUGAAGUUUCCCUUUAAGGGGGUUGCACACCGGAAGUGCAGCUCAGUGCCGCGGCGUUCUAAAAAACUCAAACAGAUUGCUUUUUUAUGAGUAUAUGCACAUCGGCGCCGACAGCUAAGACUCAGGAAGUUGCUCAAAUCCCUGUCGCGCCACAGAGCGCCAGUCACAUAGUUUAACCUUAAAUAACAUCAUAUUUGUCCUAAAUCAUUAACGAUUAACAUUGGCUGCUAACGUAUAUUUUGCAUUUUGAAGUAGACACUAUCUGAUGAAGCUCGCGCUAUUUAAUGUGCACUUCCGAUUUACGAUACCUCCGAGUUGUCCUAGAAGCAACUCGACACUGAGCUGCGCGGCCGGUGUGCGACCC